CGCGGCACAGCCGACGACCGCGCAUGACAUACGUAUACGAGGACUUUCGCCGCCACUCCCUACCAGCCCAACCCUUCUUUUCUUCCCCCUCCCCCGGCCUCCUCCUGCACUGCAGCUGCUCCCCCACUUCCCGUUCCGCCCCUCCGCGUCGCUGCUCCCGCUCCGUUUCCCACCCCGCCGGUCGCCGAUCCGGCUCACGCCCGCCCCGUUGAUUCGCCCCUGUACUUGCGGGUACAAUCUCUCUGUCCGUAGUAGAAGGUUUUGUCAACCAAUUCAAUCAGAGGAACCCACAUGUUAACCUGAAUUUAUCUGAGAUUCUGAAGCAGUUAAGGCUGACAACAAGUUUAGCCUAAAAGGUUGAAAGAGAGAAGUUAUGUCUUUUGCUAGGCGUCUGGACCCAUCAGCUUACACGGAUAAUCUAUACAUUCACAAAUUUGCCACACCAAGCUCAACUUUUGCUGCUCGAAGAUUCUCCUCUGAUACACAGUUGUUCCGUUAUGACCCAGAACCAUACAAUGAGUAUGGGCAUAUGGGUUUCACUGGAGCACCAUCCGCUGCAUUUCAAAACUCCCUUUGUAGUCAACAGGCCUCACUAAAACCAUACCAUGUAACUAAUGAUGGACGAUCUCCAAGUGUUGCAGAUACUCAGUCUAACUCAUGCUCUGAUGCAGCAAAAGAUUCACCAGUGGUUUCCAAUGUCUCUCAGCAGAACUCCCAGUCUGUAUCAGAUAGUCAGAGUUCUGAAAUCGAAGUAGAGUUCGAUGAAGAUGACAUUAGGCUGAAGCUUCAGGAGCUGGAGCAUGCUUUACUUGACGAUGGUGAUGAUAUCUUGUUUGACAUUUCCCAGGCAGGUAGCAUUAAUGAUGAAUGGGCUGACCCCAUGAAGAAUGUAUUGCUUCCAAAUUCACCAAAAGAAUCAGAGUCAAGCAUCAGUUGUGCUGUUAGCAACAGUGGAGCUCCAAGGACUCCAAAGCAAUUGCUCUUUGACUGUGCUACUGCAUUGUCUGAAUACAACACAGAUGAAGCACAGGCGAUCAUAACAGAACUCCGACAGAUGGUCUCCAUUCAAGGGGACCCUUCUCAAAGGAUUGCAGCAUACCUUGUAGAGGGCCUUGCUGCAAGAAUAGUAGCUUCAGGGAACGGCAUCUACAAGGCUUUGACAUGCAAGGAUCCUCCAACUCUGUAUCAACUUUCAGCAAUGCAAAUCCUCUUUGAAAUAUGUCCAUGCUUCCGUUUGGGCUUCAUGGCUGCUAACUAUGCUAUAGUUGAAGCCUGCAAAGGAGAAGAAAGACUUCACAUUAUCGACUUUGACAUCAAUCAAGGCAGCCAGUACAUUACAUUGAUACAAUUUCUGAAAAACAAUGCAAACAAGCCACGCCAUUUGAGGAUAACUGGAGUUGAUGAUCCCGAGACAGUUCAGAGGCCCAUUGGAGGUCUGAGGGUCAUUGGGCAACGCCUAGAGAAGCUUGCAGAGGACUGUGGGGUAUCUUUCGAAUUCAGGGCAGUGGGUGCUAACAUUGGGGAUGUUACACCUGCAAUGCUUGAUUGCCGUCCUGGUGAAGCACUUGUUGUCAAUUUUGCAUUCCAGUUGCACCAUCUUCCUGACGAGAGUGUUUCAAUUAUGAAUGAAAGGGACCAGCUCCUCCGUAUGGUGAAGGGACUCCAUCCAAAGCUAGUGACCCUGGUUGAGCAAGAUGCCAAUACUAAUACUGCACCGUUUCUGCCAAGGUUCCGUGAAGUCUAUGAUUACUACUCUGCGCUUUUUGAUUCUUUAGAUGCAACACUUCCAAGGGAGAGCCCGGAUAGAAUGAAUGUGGAGAGGCAAUGUCUUGCACGAGAAAUUGUUAACAUCUUGGCUUGUGAAGGUCCUGAUCGUGUGGAGAGGUACGAAGUUGCUGGGAAAUGGAGAGCAAGAAUGACAAUGGCCGGUUUCAUACCAUGCGCAUUUAACAGCAAUGUCAUCAGUGGAAUAAAGUCGACACUGAAAUCAUAUUGUGAUAGGUACAAGUUCCACGAGGAUCAUGGCGGGCUUCACUUCGGUUGGGGGGAGAAGACUCUCAUUGUCUCCUCUGCAUGGCAGUAGAGAAUUAGAGCUCACUUAUGGAGUUACAUUAGUAUUGUUGUAUUUUAGGAGCUUCUGGUGCAGACUGUAAAAAGAUGUGACCGCUGGGCCGUUAACUGAGCCUUACCUAAUCGUAGAUGUAUGCUUGUCAGAAUAAUUGAGUUUGGCUAAUUACACGCAGCAUCUUGUCGAGUGAUGAAUCUA